GGUCCGAGGCGCUGCUGCUCCUGCAAACCGGACCCCCGUUCCCGCCCGCCUCUGUUGGCCCUUCCCCAGGAAGGGAGCAGACGGCGGCCGGCGCACUUGAUCCCCGGCCGGAGCCGGAGCCGGAGCCGCGCCCGGGAGAGCGGCGGGCAAAAUGGAGGAUGAGGCAGUGCUGGACAGAGGGGCUUCCUUCCUUAAGCAUGUAUGUGACGAUGAAGAAGUGGAAGGCCAUCACACCGUCUACAUCGGGGUCCAUGUGCCUAAGAGCUAUCGGAGAAGGAGACGGCACAGAAGAAAACCUGGGCUAAAGGAGAAGAAGGAAAGAGAAAAAAUCUCUGAGUACUACUCCGACAAAUCCGAUGCAGAAAAUGCGGAUGAGACGAGCAGCGGCAUCCUUAAACCACUCAUCUCCCCCGCUGCUGAGCGAAUCCGCUUCAUUUUGGGUGAAGAAGAUGACAGCCCUGCACCCCCUCAGCUCUUCACCGAACUGGAUGAGCUUCUGGCUGUUGAUGGACAAGAGAUGGAAUGGAAGGAGACGGCAAGGUGGAUAAAGUUUGAAGAGAAAGUGGAACAGGGUGGAGAGAGAUGGAGCAAGCCUCACGUCGCUACGUUGUCCCUGCACAGCUUAUUUGAACUGAGGACGUGUAUAGAGAAAGGAUCCAUCCUGCUGGAUUUGGAGGCCACUUCUCUCCCUCAGGUAGUGGAGAUGGUUGUUGACAAUCAAAUCGAGACGGGCCUGUUGAAACUAGACAUGAAGGACAAGGUCACCUACACGCUGCUCAGGAAGCACCGGCACCAGACCAAGAAAUCGAACCUACGCUCUCUGGCUGACAUCGGGAAGACCGUCUCCAGUGCAAGUAGGAUGUUUACCAACCCUGAUAAUGCACGCAGCCCACUUGAGAGUUCUGUGCCCUGCCUAGCAACCCGCACGUUGGAUGAUGAAAUCCGGGUGCAGCGCAGCCCCAGCGUGGGAUGGCUAAGCAGUCCAGCCAUGACCCAUAGAAACCUGACUUCCACCAGUCUGAACGACAUCUCUGACAAACCUGACAAGGAGCAGCUGAAGAAUAAAUUUAUGAAGAAAUUGCCCCGGGAUGCUGAGGCCUCCAAUGUGUUGGUUGGUGAGGUAGACUUCUUGGAAAACCCUUUCAUUGCCUUCGUCCGGCUGCAGCAGGCAGUUAUGCUGGGUGCUUUGACUGAAGUCCCCGUUCCUACCCGAUUUCUAUUCAUUUUGCUGGGUCCGAAGGGAAAAGCUAAGUCCUACCAUGAGAUUGGUCGAUCCAUUGCUACUUUGAUGUCCGAUGAGGUGUUCCAUGACAUUGCCUAUAAAGCCAAAGACAGGCAGGACCUGAUCGCUGGAAUCGAUGAGUUCCUGGAUGAAGUCAUUGUGCUUCCACCUGGGGAGUGGGACCCAGCCAUCAGGAUAGAGCCCCCCAAAUCUCUCCCAUCUUCUGAUAAAAGGAAAAACAUGUAUUCGGGUGGGGAGAAUGUACAGAUGAAUGGAGACACGCCUCAUGAUGGGGGCCAUGGAGGUGGGGGCCACGGCGACACUGAAGAACUACAACGAACUGGCAGAUUUUGUGGUGGUUUAGUCAAAGACAUAAAGAGGAAAAUACCUUUCUUCGCCAGUGACUUCUAUGAUGCUUUAAAUAUCCAAGCUCUUUCAGCCAUUCUCUUCAUCUACCUGGCCACAGUGACCAAUGCUAUCACUUUUGGAGGUCUGCUUGGUGAUGCUACAGACAACAUGCAGGGCGUGCUGGAGAGCUUUCUGGGCACAGCAGUCACUGGAGCGGUCUUUUGCCUUUUUGCUGGUCAGCCACUCACAAUUCUGAGCAGCACAGGACCUGUCCUUGUCUUUGAAAGACUCCUGUUUAAUUUCAGCAAAGACCAUGGGUUUGAUUACUUGGAGUUCCGUCUCUGGAUUGGCUUGUGGUCAGCACUCCAGUGUCUCAUUCUGGUUGCUACUGAUGCCAGUUUCCUGGUCAAAUACUUCACCCGCUUCACAGAAGAGGGAUUUUCCUCCCUGAUCAGCUUCAUCUUCAUUUAUGAUGCUUUCAAGAAGAUGAUCAAAUUAGCAGACUAUUACCCAAUCAAUUCCAAUUUUAAAGUGGACGAUAUCACAGUUUACUCCUGUGUCUGCAUGCCACCAAAGCCAGAUAAUGGUUCAGUAUUGAAUGAGACAACGGCAGCGUCCAUUGAUUGGCUGACCAGUUCCCCUGCUGAGAAGUACAAUAACACGAUCGCCUGGUCAUCUCUGACAAAGGAGGAGUGCUGGAAAUAUGGAGGCUACCUUGUGGGCAACAACUGCAACUACGUCCCUGACAUCACCCUCAUGUCUUUUAUCCUCUUCUUUGGCACCUACACCUGCUCCAUGGCUCUGAAGAAAUUCAAAACCAGCCGUUAUUUCCCAACCACUGCCAGGAAGCUCAUCAGUGACUUUGCCAUUAUCUUGUCCAUUCUGAUUUUCUGUGGAAUAGAUGCCCUAGUAGGUGUGGAUACACCAAAACUAAUUGUGCCAAGUGAAUUCAAGCCAACCAGCCCUCAAAGAGGCUGGUUCGUCCCACCCUUUGGAGGGAAUCCCUGGUGGGUGUACCUCGCAGCUGCCAUCCCUGCACUGCUGGUGACCAUUCUCAUCUUCAUGGACCAGCAAAUCACAGCCGUCAUUGUCAACAGGAAAGAGCACAAGCUCAAGAAAGGUGCUGGCUAUCAUCUGGAUUUGUUUUGGGUGGCUAUUCUGAUGAUUAUAUGUUCCUUCAUGGCCCUGCCCUGGUACGUUGCUGCUACUGUGAUCUCCAUUGCCCACAUCGAUAGCUUGAAGAUGGAGACCGAGACCUCAGCACCUGGAGAACAGCCCAAGUUUCUGGGAGUGAGGGAGCAGAGAGUCACUGGAGUCAUUGUAUUCAUUCUCACUGGUGUGUCAGUCUUUAUGGCUCCCAUCUUGAAGUUUAUUCCUAUGCCUGUGCUCUAUGGAGUGUUCCUCUACAUGGGUGUCGCUUCCCUUAAUGGAGUGCAGUUCAUGGAUCGUCUGAAGCUGCUUCUGAUGCCUCUGAAACAUCAGCCUGACUUCAUUUAUCUGCGUCACGUCCCGCUGCGCCGGGUCCACCUGUUCACUUUCCUGCAGGUGGUGUGUCUGGCCCUCCUCUGGAUCCUCAAGUCAACUGUGGCUGCUAUAAUAUUCCCAGUCAUGAUCCUGGCACUUGUGGCGGUCAGAAAAGCCAUGGACUACCUCUUCUCCCAGCAUGACCUCAGUUUCCUUGACGACGUCAUUCCAGAAAAGGACAAGAAGAAGAAAGAGGAUGAGAAGAAGAAGAAAAAGAAGAAGGGCAGUCUGGAUAGUGACAAUGACGAUUCCGACUGCCCCUACUCAGAAAAUGUCCCAAGUAUUAAAAUUCCAAUGGACAUCAUGGAACAGGAACCUUUCCUAAGUGAUAGCAAACCUUCCGACAGAGAAAAAUCACCAACAUUCCUUGAACGCCAUACAUCGUGCUGAUAAAAUUCCUUUCCUUCAGUCACACACACUGCCAAGCCCUCCACGAACUCCAGUGAAAGUUGUGCCUCAAAUUAGAAUAGAACUUGAGCCUGAAGACAAUGGUUAUUUCUGGAGGAGCAGGGGAACAGAAACUACUUUGUAACUUUUUUUGUUUGUUCAAUUUUUUUUUGUCACCAGCCAAAUAUUAAAAUGCUCUCUGCUGCAUAGGUAAAUCUGAAACACACUAUACCUUGCCUUCUAUCACUCAGACACACACACAUCUCUCAUUUUUUUAAGCAGAGGGCAGACGUAUUAAGGAUAUAUUAUAAAUACCUUUGUGAAAUGUCAGAGGAACUGACGUUAUCUUAGUUGUGAAUCAGUGUGUCUUUUCUGUCUGGCAGAACAAAACUGACCUCCAGGCUAAUUCAAUGUCUUUACUACACUACUGGACAGUGCUGCUACACUAACUUGCUCUUAAAGGUACUUCACUCCCAGCACAGACAAACCAGUGCCAGCGUCGUAGCUUGUGUUCUGAAAUGUCCCUUUCCUAUGCAACUUUUUGUUUUAAAACACUUUAAUGGACUUAUCUGUCAGGUACACUGAAGAGUGUUAUUUUCCUAGAUUAUUUUGUUUAAAUUAUGGGGCCUAACCUGCAACUUUUGUCAAUUUUUUUAAACUUUUUUUUAAUUACUGUAAAGAAAAAUGAAUUUUUCCUGCAGCAGGAAACAUAGUUUGGAGUAGUUCUACCUCUUAUUUCUAGAUGCCAGGCUCUCUGUAAAAAUGUAUUGUACAAUAUGUGAUUUUUACAAAAAUUACACAAUCUCCAAGUCAUGGCAUAGGGCUGGAUCAGUUUUAAUAAUACCUUGCAUCUGAAGCCUCCGUUUGUUAAUUUGUUUUUAAAGACUCUAGCUGUACAUGAAGGUGACAGGAUGUAAGUUAACUCUUGUGUGGUUUAGGAAGAGACUUACAUUUAAUGGCAAUAACUGAUGUGCUGAUUGUAUUAAUUUUGUUGCUUUCCAAUGCAGUAUGGUUAGAAUUAUUUCAUGUACAGACGUGUGUGUGUGUGUGGCUGUACACAUCUGCAUGUAAUACAGCAUGGACACCAUAAUCAUAUGGUUAAGGGGAAGAUAGUUUUUAAUCUUACUUAUCAGGAUAUAUAUCCAUAACAUUUCCUACUUACUUAGGAAAGCCACCAAUCGGUCUACACUCUGAAUGCAGAUAACUGUACUCCCCCAGAUCCAUUCACCAUUGUGUAUAGAACUUACCCUACUUCCUUACAACUUAGAAUCCACAAUGACAAAGAUACCAUUUAGAAUGCAUCUUUUUAAAUAGAUACAAUAUCCACACGCAUUUGUCUGUUUGUUCACAAGCAAAGUAGGCAAAGGUCUAUACUUUAAAGAAUAGAGGAUUAAAAAAACUCAAACCAUUUUGGAAAUUGGGCAUUACACUGAAAUUUAUCCAGGUGACUGUCUGACAAGGUUCCAUUGCUUUGGAUGUGCAUUAAAUGUAGCACACAGUCAAGGCAUCAUUUAUCUUCCCUGGGGGAAAUCAUCCCAGUGCAGGGAUAGGACUUAGUUGGUACUCAGCUAGGGGUCUGCUCCACUUUCAGGGCCUGAUCAACUGCCCAAUUAAGUCAAAGGAAUUUCCACUCCAUUGUUCCUUCAAGGGUCAGGGCCCCACUGUCAGAUGCAUAUCUUUCACCUCCAACCCUCUCUUCUCUUGGGGAAUUUCACUCAGUAAGGAAAUGCUGACCCAGUCGACAGCAUCUUGUUACGGAGACUUGGCACCAGAUAGUACUGUUGCAGGCAGAGACUUUUAUAAGGUCAAGAAAUCUGGGGAUUGGCACUCCACUUUUAUUGGCCCCUAGCCCUUGAUGGCGUGCAGCUGCUCAAUCCUGCUCCUGUUGAAAUCUAUGGGGGUCUUGCUGUGGGCUGAGUUUAUUCUUACUGGCUUUAAGGGGCUGGCCCAAUAUUUGAUACCAUAUGCAUUUUAAAAGAAAUUGUACGCCCCCACAAGCUACUUUCUAACACUUUGUACCUCAGGGGAAAUGAAACUGCUGCAAGAGGACUACUAGCCUACAAAGCUGUAAUGAAAAGAACACAGCCCAUCGUAAACAUAAAUGUCAUGAUAGUACUGAGACCUGAUAUGCCAAAUUUUAGCCUCCCAAGCCACACCACAGGCAUAGUAGAGGGGUUUUUCUCUUGUCCAAAUGUGCUACAGAAGUCUCUGGAAAUGUUAUUUUUAAAUAAAAUGCUGUAUUGAAAGACAUCAGAAAUAUGGACCAUAAUAAUUGCAGCCUGGCCCUAUUGAAGCUACAGCAGUUUGCACCCAUCCACAAACCAGCCCCUUCUUAUCCCACUGUCACUAGUAUUAUUUGAGCGCUACACCUAUAACCCAGCAGUGUAUCAUGUUUAGCAACAAUAUUAUACAUAGUGGGGGGAGGGAUGGUAAAUACAUUAAAAAGAAAUGCCAAAUACAGCAGCCCACCUUACAUCAGCAUUUAAAAAACAAAUGUACACCCUCCCCAUCCAAUAUCAGAUCUAAAUUCCAGUCCAUGGUCAGUCCAGCUUUAGAGGGACAAAAUAAAGAGUAAUUUGCUGUCACUUGGAAAGUUUGACAAACGGAAGGAAAUGCAGCAUUUCUUCCUUGGCAGAUCAGCAUACUGUAAACAGUCCAGCCCUGAUUCUCCUAAGUGACAUCUAAACCAGGAAGGGAGUGUAUACUGCCUUCAGCUAACUGGAGGAUGGAUAAUCAGGGUUGUGCUGUGUUAAUUUAAAACAUAAAACACUUUCAUUCCUCUAUAAAAAUCACAACCCACUAUAAUGUGAAACAACAGAGCCAUGUAUGCAUGUGUAGGAUUUUGGUUUAGAGAAACGCAAAUGUGCUGGCUGAGGAACGAUUGAAAUUAGUGUUGGACAACAGCGGAUUUCUUUAGAAAAGCACUGAAGAAAGAACGGCUUACAAUGCACCCUCCUGUCUCACACCCCCAACAGAGCAAAUAUUUACAUUUGCUAUUACCUGGUAAUCCAUCUCCAGCAAAUGAGGUCUUCCACUUUUGAACCAUGUUAAAAUGUACUUGAAAUGUAUUGACUGCUGAUUUCUGAUUGAGCUCUUAUGCAGAGAGAGCGACAUUGUUUGGGGAUGGGACCAAAAAAAGUUGGUAUUUUUCUCAUCUAUAUACACACAAUUCUUUUGUGGCAGAAGCUUGGGACUUUUCACGACAGAACACUAAACUGAAGGGUUGUUUGUUUGUUUGUUUCAAACGAACAAAAGACCUGCUUGCUCCAAAAGGUGAAAUGCAGCAAAGUGGCCCUUUGAUAGCCUAUGUAGGGUCUCAUGAAAUAGCAUUUCAUUGCACUUUUUCAGCCUUGUGACAAUAAAUAGCAAUUAUGUCAGAAAAAAAUCGGGGUGGGGGAGAAGGUUUGAGAGUGCUUUUAGGGGCUGAAUUAAAGUCCACUGAAAUCAAUGAGCACCCUUAAUUAGAUGAGCUUCUAACAACACUUACAAACCUGCUACUCAGGGCUAAUAUUUAAAAAAAAACUACAGAUAACUUUGUCCCAGACCUACAAUGUGAAACAACUGGUGAUUGUCUCAUCUUUGUAGCCAUUCCUAUGGCUGAUACAUAUAUGUAUUCAUUACAUUUUUGGAAUCAACACGCACUUUCAGAUACUUGUAUUAUUUUUAAUCCUCUUAAGUCUGUAUUUGCUUUGGAGGAGAGAAUAAAAACUUAUUUUAAAAUGAAGUAGAUCAAGAUGGUGGAACAAAAAGGAAAAAAAACAGAAAACAUUUCAAUAUAUUAAUGAUUUUUUCCAGUAAUAUAAAACAUGAAAUUCCUUCUAACAGUAUAGUAUUUUACAGUUUUAUGAAGCUUUCUAUUGUGACUUUUAUGGAAUCAAGAGAUGAACAAGAUGAGAUAUUUUAGCAUUUAUAUUUUUCAAAAUUAAAUGUGUACUGAAAAUAAAGUAACUUUAUGCAUUU